GAACAUAGUUUGGCCUCUGUGCCUGCGGCCACCCUGGCUUACUCGUCAGUAUGUGGACACAUGGUCCUAAGGACUAAAGAGCACAACCACACAGGGCUUUUGAGAUCCUCCACCACGCCCGGGUCAUUCUCCGGAGCUCGCAGCAAGCUAAGCAUCGACGCUUUUGGCUCAUGAGGCUACAACGACUCGCCCCCUCAAUUCUGCUGCUUCGAAACCCUACGUGUGGGCUGUUGGGGCGGACCAAGGAUUGGGAGUCAUGUCGCGGGGUAGACACUCCACGGCAGGACGGCCGUUAUGCCCAAUGCAUGCAGUUUGCCUCGACCGUUUUCGGUCCCCUACAUGAUGCAUGUCGGCCGACGGACUGGUACGUAGAUGCUGCUGCCGUGCAAGAUCCAAGCUGUGAGGCGACCGGGUUGGGUGGCCGCCUGCGGUGCGCGAGGCUUGUCGCACACCGCCGGUUCGUUGGUAAGCUGAUGCAGGACGCCAGCCAGCGCGGGUCCUGCUGAUGGUAAUCAUGGAUUCAUGGCAUGCCCCAGAUGCAA